GUCAUGAACCUCCUUCAAUCAAGCAUGCCAUACUUUAAGUACGCAAGGUUGGAUCCCUCUUGAUAAUCCAUAUAAACUGGUAACCAUGAAGAAAUCCAUACCUACCAUUGACUUGAGUAUGGAGGUAGUGAGCAUGCAGUUUAGAGAAAACGGUUGUGAUGACCGCAGCAACAUGCCUAUCGAGUACUCAACCGAACAUCACAGGACCAUAAACAGCGAGAAGACGGCAUAAUUCCUGAAGACCUGCUCCUGUCAUUCUAUACCCAUUCCUCUCACAUAAUUCACGCAAUUCACCUAUUACUGGAACAGAAUAUCACAUAUAUUUACCUUGGCAACUAUGAAUCCGCCAAACCAACAGUACUACGGCCAAUACCCUCCGGCUGGAGGUCCCCCUCCUAGCCAACCGGGACCGUCUCAUUCGGGCUAUCAGCAACCUCCGCAAGGAGCGCCUUACUACCCUCCCGGAGGAUCACCUGCCCCGGGCCAACCUCCAUAUCAGCAACCACCGUACUCUAACUAUGCGCCUCAGAGUCAGCCUCAAACGAGUCAGUAUCAAUACCCACCCCAGCAAUAUGCCGGUGGCCCUCCUCAAGCUCCAGGCCAAUACCCUCCAGCCCAACCAGGACAAUACCAGAAUCAACCAUACCCCCCUCAACAGCCACCUCAAGGACAGUACGGACAACCACCGGCGCAAUAUGGACAGUAUCCCCCAAACGCCUACCAAGCCGGUAACCCUCAGGCCCCAGCGCCUUAUCCUCCUCAGCAAUACGGAGCUCCUCCGGGAGCACCGGGAGCUCCUCAAUGGGGACAACCACAGCAACCUAUGCAAGGUUACGGCUACGGCGUACCCCCAACUCCUGCGUCACCGGGCUAUGACCCGGCCCAGAGAGCGUUCUGCGCUCCCGUUGACACUUCAGCCGAUGUCGAAGCUCUGCGGAAGGCCAUGAAGGGCAUGGGAUGCGAUGAGGCGGCCCUGAUCCGCGUGCUCACAUCGCCCAAAUAUGACAAUCCCUGGGCAAUGGCACAGCUUGUCAAUGAUUACAACAAGCGCUUCAUCCGCGAUCUAGCCAAAGAUGUCGAAAGUGAGACGCGCGGUGACUUCGAAACCGCGUUACUGGCCUUGAUCCGUGGCCCACUGGAAAACGAUGUGCGGAACUUAAUCCAAGCACUUGAUCGUGCCGGCACUGACGAGGAUGCUUUGAUGGAUGUCCUCUUAUGUCGGUCCAAUGCGGAUAUCCGCGCCAUUACCGCAGAGUACAAGAGAAUCAAGGGCCACGACCUGCUAGUAGAUAUCAAAGACGACGUAGACGACAGGAUGUUCCGGCUCUAUAGCAUGGUACUCUCAGCCACGCGGGCCGAAGACGCGGCUCCAGUGAUCGCCGCAGACAUCGACCAUAAAGUAACGGAACUCCAACGCGCGACCGAGGGCAUUAUCGGCUCCAACGCUAUCUCCGUAGCUCAAAUCUUCACGAGUUCCAACGCGGCGCAGCUCCAUGCUCUCACGGAGGCGUACAGACGCAAGUACCACCGCUCGCUCGAGGAAGUCAUCGAGAAGGAGUUCCGUGGGGACAUGGAAGAUGCGCUUCUCUACAUGCUCGAAAGCGCUCUUGACCGGGCCCGCACAGAUGCCAAGAGGCUCGAGAAGCCGCUGUACCGGACACCGCGCAAAGACCGGCUCUUUAUCAAUAGGGUCGUGAGUCUGUACUGGGAUCGCAACCGCUUGGAUGCGGCGAAGGCGGCGUACCAGAGACACUCGCAGUCUAGGGCUUCGCUGAGAGUUGCGAUUAAGGCUAUGCUGAGCGGGGAUUAUGAGGAUUUGAUGGUCGCCUUGAUUCGUGAGAAGAGGUGAUCUACGGUGGAUUGAUGCUAGUCUAAGUCAAGUUGCCAAGCGUUCUUGUUCAUUUAUUUAUUUAUUAUCAUUGCCUCUAUCGUCCCCCUUUGGACCACUUCCCUCCGCAUUUGCGCGUCGGUGGUGUCAUAUUGUGUUGUCAUUCUACAUGUCGCUUAUGAGUUCCAACCCACGUGAAGCUUUAGAAAUUCAUCAUUUUUUAGGCUGUCCCAUCUUGUCCCACUCCGCCUGCCAUUCGUCAAGUGACUUCUUCGUCUCCUUAGUUUUGCUGGCGACCUUGCACAUAGGGUCCUUGGUUGCGGAUGAGAAGGCAAGUGUCUCGGUAAUAGUCGAGGGGCUAGCGAGGUAUUCCUCGAGAGAAGUUGACAGGGUUCUCCUAUCGGUUCUUGUAUUAGCUUCCAUUUUGCUGAACCGGAGUUGUGAUAUAACAUUCGGCUUACGAGGACUCAUUCCCUGUCCCUGGGGGAUCUGAUCUGGUUGACAUGGCGAAGGUCUGGCUAUCGUAGGUAUUGAGUCUAAAGUAACUUGAUGUAAACUGUCGAUCUAAAGUAGAGUAAUUGUUCAGAUACAUAUGUUGAGGCGAUAUGACCUGAAUCUUCACGGUUUACCCCUUAUAUAUACAUAAUGAUUCCACCCA